AUGCAUUGGAAGUGGGGAGGUGCAGUCCUCGUCCAACUUGCAGUGACAGCAAUAUGUUGGCCGUACGAUGAGUCUCUUACUGAUUUCAAUCUCAAUGAGAACAAAGAAGCAAGCAAUCCGGCUGAAUAUUGGGGUGAAUGGCCCAACCAUACAUAUUUCCCUUCGCCCGAGAACUGGCGUUUUCCCAUAUACACUUUGUUUCUUGACCGUUUUGUAAAUGGGGAUCCAACGAACGAUAACAGCAAUGAUACACUCUUUGAGCAUGACUUGAACUCCAAUCAGAUGCGUCACGGCGGUGACGUUGUUGGUUUGGUGGACACCUUGGAUUAUUUACAAGGCAUGGGAAUCAAGGCAAUUUACUUGGCUGGAUUAGUCUUGAUGAAUCAACCCUGGGGUUCCGAUGGAUACUCGGCCCUUGAUACUACCCUGCUCGACCAACACUUCGGCACAAUUCAGACCUGGAGAGAUGCUGUCACUGAGAUUCACAAUCGAGGCAUGUACGUCAUUUUUGACAACACCGUUGCCACUAUGGGGGACUUGAUUGGGUUUGAAGGCUAUCUGAAUACAACAACGCCGUUUUCACCAAGCGAACACAAAGCGCAAUGGAAGUCAGACCGCCGCUAUCUUGAUUUUCAUUUCGACAACUCCUACAACCAAACAUGUGAAUACCCUCGCUUCUGGAAUGAGACCGGUUUUCCCGUGGAAGGGUACGUUCAAGAAGAGUUAAAGGGAUGCUAUAACAGUGAUUUCGACCAGUAUGGCGAUAUCGAAGCUUUCGGUGUUUACCCUGACUGGCAACGUGAACUAGCAAAGUUUGCCUCUGUUCAAGACCGUCUUCGGGAAUGGGUACCUAGUGUCAGAGAACGUCUUAUUCGCCAUUCUUGCAUCAUUAUCUCCUCCCUUGACAUUGAUGGUUUUCGAUACGACAAAGCUACACAGGCCACAGUCGAUGCUCUAGGUGAUAUUUCAGGUGCCUAUAGAGAAUGUGCUCGACGAGUUGGCAAGACCAACUUUUUCUUGCCUGGGGAGAUUACCGUCGGAAAUAACCUAGGCUCAGUCUUUCUGGGCCGUGGACGUCAGCCUGAUAUGCUUCCCCAGACGCUAGACGAAGCGUUUCAAUUGACGAACUCGUCAGCAGACGUCUUUAUUCGAGAUGAGAAUCAGCAAGCUAUAGAUGGUGCUGCUUUUCAUUAUUCGAUUUACCGAUCUCUCACUCGAUUUUUGGGCAUGGAUGGAAACCUGGCAGCCGGGUAUGAUAUUCCAGUCAACUGGACUGAAGCGUGGUAUGAGAUGGUUCUUACCAAUGAUCUCAUCAACGCAAAUACUGGAAAGUUCGAUCCGCGUCAUAUGUAUGGAGUGACAAAUCAAGAUGUCUUCCGCUGGCCGACUGUCGAGAUGGGCAUCGAGAGACACCUUCUUGGUCUUUUUAUAACAACACUGCACAUGCCUGGGAUACCAUUACUGUUGUGGGGCGAGGAGCAGGCAUUUUACAUUCUCGAUGCGACAGCUUCAAACUAUAUCUACGGCCGCCAGGCAAUGUCUCCUGCGACGGCAUGGAAGACUCAUGGUUGCUUUGAGCUGAUUUCAGAACAAUAUUUCAACUGGCCGAUCAAAUCUGGGCGAUUAGGGUGUCACGAUGAGACUGCCACAUAUGAUCACCGCGAUCCUUCUCACUUCAUGCGAAAUAUCAUCAAGCACAUGUAUCAAUUGAGAGAGGACUUUCCUGCACUCAAUGAUGGCUGGUGGAUACAAUUGCUGUCGAACCAGACUCGCAAUAUCUACUUACCCGGCUCGAACGGGUUGCCGACGGAGACAGGAAUGUGGUCUGUCCUACGUAGCCCUUACUACCAAGGACAGGAUCUUGGGGCGUCAGGGAAUCAGACCAUCUGGUUUGUUUAUCAGAACGACAACAAGACUGUGACUUACGACUUUGACUGCUCCAACCCACGUGCAGCCCUCGUUGCUCCGUUUAACACCAACACCACUGUCAAGAAUCUAUUCUACCCACACGACGAACUGACUCUUAGAGACAGUGCUGUUAGAAUGCAUCUCAAUGGAUCACAGGAGUCCAAUGGCUGUCUUGAUAGCGUAACACUUCGACCCUAUGAGUUUAGGGCCUACGUUCCGAAAGAUAAGUUCAUACCUCCUCGUCCGAUGAUCACAAAGUUUACUCCUGGGCAUGACGUACCUGUGCUUUCCAAGGUUGUACCCGGAGAGAGUGAGAGCCUUGAUAUUGGCUUGUACUUCUCAACGGAGAUGAACUGUACAAGUGUGUCACAAGCAAUGUCACUCGAGUCAUCAACUGAAACUGGAUCCAUUCCGUCCCUCGACCUGGGAACGGUCGAUUGCGGAGCUAUUGUGGAUGACGACUUGUCCUACUCUGGCCAAAUUCCAGCAACUUGGGCGUGGACAGCCACUCUAACGGGUGUUGAAAAUGGAAUCCAUCGGCUCACAGUCCAUAACGCGACAAGCAUUGAUGGGCGUACCACAAAUGCUGUUGACCACUUUUUGAUUCGGAUCGGCCAACAUGACAACCCGAUGAUCUUCACUUCUGCCAAUUACUCUACGAGCCUUCUUCACGAGCGAAAAGACGGUACUCUCUAUGUUCAGCAACAUGCAGCUGGUGCAGACAUGUAUCGCUACUCGACCAAUUGGGGCAGUUCAUUCAGCGAGUGGCUACCAUAUCAUGGAGGAAACCACUCCAUCGAAGAGCUACCUUGGUCGGGGACGAAGAAACAGGAAUGGAAAGGAAAGCACGUCCGUGUCGAGUACUGGAGCCGCCUCACUGGAAGUAGUGACUAUUUCCAAGAGGGCGAUGGUCCCGAUUGGAAGUCCCAUGUCCCUCGUCGAUGGCCUCAUAUUUUCUUCAAUGGGCCUUUCAACGAAUACGGAUACGAUGCUGGCCUUGCAAAUAUAGUGAAACAAGAUAUUGAUGGGCUUUGGAAGUUCCGAUUCAUGGCAGAGUGGCCAGCUCAAGGUCAACUCAAUGUUUGGGGCAUCAACCCUGACGGCAAACCUGAUCAGAGCUACAUCUUUGGAGAUGCCGAUGGCGACUCUGUUCUCGAUCGACUACCACCGUCUUCUCGCAGCGCGAGGACUAUAAACAUUACCGAACAUCCACCGGACCCGCACUUGGCCUGGAGAAUUCACGUUGAUGACGCCACUUUGCGAUUUAAAUUGAUUCCAGCGGGCUCGAAAUAUGUGCAGAUGGCACUCUACUUCUUAUUGUGGAUUCUCCCAGUGAUUACGGCUACAACUUGUGCCUACAUUUUCAAGAAAACAUUCUACCGAAUCAAAUUCAACCAGGUUGGCGUGAGCGAGAAGAAGACUCUCAUCUCUCUCGAAUUUCUCAAGAGGUUCAAAGCGGACAGUUUCGGAGACGGAGAGCCUCGAAGUCUGAUUGCCCGAGUAGCAAACAAGUCGAGGUUUCUCCAAAGUACCUCUGCCUUUGGCAAUCGCACCUCCCACAAACGCAAGGUCCUUGUCGCGACCAUGGAGUACGAUAUUGACGACUGGGGGAUUACGAUCAAAAUUGGUGGCUUGGGCGUCAUGGCUCAGCUCAUGAGCAAGCAACUUGGCCACCUAGAUCUCAUCUGGGUCAUUCCAUGCGUCGGUGGAAUAGAAUACCCAGUGGACAAGCCCGCGGGAUCGAUGUUUGUUAUGAUCCUUGGAAACUCCUACGAAGUCAAGAUUCAGUAUCAUGUUCUCAGGAAUAUUACCUAUGUGCUUCUCGAUGCGCCAGUGUUCCGUCAACAAUCCGCCAAGGAGCCAUAUCCAGCUCGAAUGGAUGAUCUCGACAGCGCGAUCUAUUAUUCGGCUUGGAACCAGUGCAUUGCCCAGGCACUCAAGCGGUUCCCAGUGGAUUUAUACCACGUCAACGACUAUCACGGCGCAAUUGCAACUCUGUAUCAAUUACCCGAGACGAUCCCGAUCUGCCUUUCUCUUCAUAACGCAGAAUUUCAGGGCCUAUGGCCGAUGCGCACACAAAAAGAAAAGAUCGAGGUCUGCUCCGUCUUUAAUCUUGAUAUAGAAGUUGUCGCUCGCUACGUUCAGUUUGGUGAGGUCUUUAAUUUGCUUCACGCGGGUGCGAGCUACUUGCGUCUUCAUCAGCAAGGUUUUGGCGCAGUCGGGGUGUCCAAGAAAUAUGGCAAGAGAUCCUACGCACGCUACCCUAUCUUCUGGGGCCUGAGAAAAGUUGGAAAUUUGCCAAACCCAGACCCCUCAGACACUGGAGAGUGGAAUAAAGAGUUACCCAAAGAGAGUGAGAUCAGUGUUGACAGCGAGUACGAAGUUCGGCGGGCUGAAUUCAAGCGCCAAGCACAAGAAUGGGCUGGUCUUGAACAGAUUCCCAAUGCUGAUCUCAUGGUAUUCGUUGGCAGAUGGUCUAUGCAAAAGGGCAUUGAUCUGAUUGCAGAUGUGAUGCCUGGUGUGCUGGAGUCUCGACCUAAUGUUCAGCUCAUCUGUGUGGGACCCGUCAUCGAUCUAUAUGGCAAGUUUGCCGCGCUGAAGCUAGAUCGGAUGAUGAAGCUUUACCCAGGUCGCGUGUUUUCAAGUCCGCAAUUCACGGUAAUGCCUCCUUUCAUCUUUUCCGGUGCAGAGUUUGCAUUGAUUCCCUCUCGCGACGAACCAUUUGGAUUGGUGGCCGUUGAAUUCGGACGCAAAGGUGCUCUUGGUAUCGGUGCUCGGGUGGGUGGACUAGGACAGAUGCCCGGUUGGUGGUAUACAGUUGAGUCGACGACGACUUCACACCUUUUGAAGCAGUUCAAGCUUGCUAUCGACAGCGCCUUGAAUUCCGAACCCGAUACCAGAGCCAUGAUGCGUGCCAGGUCAGCUAAACAACGCUUCCCUGUUGGUCAAUGGAUUGAAGAUUUGGAAAUCCUCCAGUCCACUGCGAUUCGUGUUCACAACAAGGAGCGAGCAAAAACUCAGGCGCAUUCAACUGCUGCUCCUUCUGGAUACAAUACUAUCUACGGGAUGAUGACACCUCAGGCUGCUGUAUCGGGUAGGUCUGGUGCCUCAAGUGGUACAUUGACUCCGCCAACACGGUCAUCCAGCCGCCCGGGUACGAUGGCUUCUUUACAGCGAAGCUCUGUCGUCUAUAGCCGUGAUCCAAGUCCUGCCGACGGAAGACCCAAGUCAGGCCUCAGUCGGCAUCUUUCGUUUGGCAUGAGUGUCGGUCCAAGACCAGCCUCGGCACCUUUUGAAAGUCGUGGACGAAGAGACCUUGGGAAAGCAAGUCUGAUGGAGGCAGAGGAAUUGCAGAACGGAGGAUCACCAGAUACCGAGGAUGAAAGUGAUGAUGAGAUGAUGGCCACUUGCUAUGGUGAUGAAGAAUAUCCAAUGACAGGAGAUUCCACGGAAAGAGGACGCCGACUGGAAAAUUCCUCUCAAGGUCUUCCGUCUCCGGGAAUCCCUCUUACCAAGGAGCUUCUAUCAACUCGGCAUUCAAGCCAGGCUUCUGUUCUUGGUCAAUCCAUCGGCAGUCCUUCGAGCUCAACAGCGCCUAGUACAGUUGGAAUAGAAGACACACUGCUUCCGCCAUCAAGACCUUGGGCAGAUGCUGGGAACCGGCUCAGCAAUGCUUCAGUCUUAUCUGUAGAUUCUGUUGUUGGGGACAAGAAAGAUUAUAAGCUUCAAAAGGUUGACCCUUUCUUCACUGACAGCAGUGGAGAGUACUACAGGGCCUUCGAAAAGAAGCUGAAUGAUCUGAACGGCGCAAAUUCGGACUCUCUGCUCUGUAUUGAGCAAUAUCUUGAAAAAAGCGAGAAGAAGUGGUUUGAUCGAUUCCGAGAUGCGCGUCUCGGCCGCAAUCAAUCUCCAGCCCCUUCAAUGCAAACUGGCAAAGCAGGUGGUAGCGGCUCUCCUCCAGCCUCUAUCACCAAUGACGAUACAACGUCUCACGAAAGUGGUGGGCAGGAGCGGAAGGCAAACGAUGAAUUCCUCCUUGGAGAUGACUAUGUGCCACCUACUGGUUUGAAGAAGUGGAUGCAGAUGCGUAUCGGCGACUGGCCCGUUUACUCCUUGUUCCUCGGUCUCGGUCAGAUCAUUGCUGCCAAUUCCUAUCAGAUCACCCUGCUGACAGGUGAAGUUGGUCAAAGCGAGGCAAAGUUAUAUGGAAUUGCAACAGUGUAUUUGGUCACGUCCAUCCUGUGGUGGCUAUUCUUCCGAUUCUGCAAGUCUAUUCUGGUUCUAACAGUCCCGUGGUUCCUAUACGGGACUGCGUUCCUGAUCAUUGGCCUUGCUCACUUUGAGUCUAACUCCUUCACCAGGGGCUGGAUUCAAAAUAUCGGCAGUGGAGUCUACGCUGCAGCUUCAUCAAGCGGAUCAAUCUUCUUUGCACUCAAUUUCGGUGAUGAAAGUGGCGCUCCGGUUAAGCAAUGGGUGUUCCGUGCCUGUCUGAUUCAGGGCACACAGCAGGCGUAUGUGAUAGCUCUCUGGUACUGGGGCUCCACAUUGACAAAAGCUUCCAAUGCUGGAAUCAUGGAUGCACAGGGUAAUAUCACGAACACGUGGAGAAUGACAGCCAUCUGUACACCCAUCACUGCUUUCCUGUGGGGAAUUGGUCUCCUGGUUUACUUUGGUUUGCCCAACUACUACCGCCAGACACCCGGCAAAGUCCCGUCAUUCUACAAAUCAGUCUUCCGACGCAAGAUUUUGCUGUGGAAUUGGGUGGUGGUCAUUCUCCAGAAUUUCUUCUUGAGUGCUCCCUACGGUCGUAACUGGAAUUUCCUCUGGAUCUCCAAUCAUGCCAAGCCAUGGCAAAUCCUUUGCCUUUGCGUCGCAUUCUUCGGAUUCGUCUGGAUAGCAACCCUGCUGCUACUCGCCUGGGUAUCCAAAUCACACAGUUGGAUCCUACCCAUCGUAGCCUGCGGUCUUGGAGCACCCCGAUGGGCACAAAUAUGGUGGGGAACAUCAGGUUCAGGCCUUUUCCUCCCAUGGGCAGGGAAUUAUGUCUCCGGAGCGUUGGUCUCGCGAAGUCUCUGGUUAUGGCUUGGUGUGAUGGAUGCCUUGCAGGGCCUCGGGUUUGGCAUGAUCCUCUUGCAAACUCUUACACGUAUGCAUAUCUGUUUCACGCUUCUUGUGUCGCAGGUUAUUGGCUCGAUUGCGACUAUUUGUGCCAGAGCUUUUGCACCGAAUAGGAUUGGGCCUGGGCCUAUAUCUCCUGAUAUCACGGCUGGAGCAGGUGCAUUGGCGAACGCGUGGUUCUGGAUUGCCUUGGUCUUCCAAUUGAUGAUUUGUGGCGGCUUCCUUCUCUUCUUCCGCCGUGAGCAGCUUUCGAAACCCUAG